UUUAAAAAUGCAUUACUUGCAUAUCUUUGGGCUCUUGGUCUUUUUGGCCGCUUUUGGAUUAAGCCUUGAACGUCGUGAUAAGGAAUUCUACGGGAUAUCUAAGGAGCAGCUAACGACUACUAAACAUAAAGAGAAUUCUGUGGAAUUUGUACAACACAAGAUAUCCUUGAAGCUGCCGCAGAGAUACAACCGAUUCAAACGUCAGUCCUUUACGCCAUUUGAAAGGCGUGUGAUACGUUUACUACGUAAAUUGGGCUUAUUAAAAAGCGAUGCUGAACAACUGUUGGAUACUCUCGAAAAGGACAAGGAUCUAUUACGAAGAUUGAAGAAGUUACUCGACGAGGUCGACACCGAACAUGAGACCAAUGAUUUCCUUGAAGAUUUCUUCGAUUUAAUAUUUUUCAAAAAAAUAUAAGCAGCUUUCUUCCUGUUGUUAGGAAUGAUAUUGAUCGAUAACAAUAUUGCCGAUUAUACCGAUAAUUAAUGCCAU